AUGCAUUCAAUUCGGUUGUCGAUCAACAUCGCUAUUUUUUGUGAUACGCAAUUCAGAUGCAGCCUUAUGAAUAACGCAGAAAAUAAUAAUAACAUAUUCAGGUGUAAUGAUAAUACUCAAAAAAUAUAUAAGCCCCCACCAAUAACUAUCAAAGGUGUUAAACAGUUUGAUAAAUUAAAACAAUUAUUAACGUGUAAAGAAUCGGUAGGAAACGAACAACAAUUCAAAGUCCUAUCGAAUGAAGAGACGAGAAUCGUAACAAAAAACGAAAGUCAAUUUAGAAGUACAAUAAAAAUAUUAGAAGAAAAUAAAGUUGAAUACCAUCGGUACCAAUUAAAAAGUGAAAAACUAUUUCGAGUAGUAUUACGAGGUAUAAAUCAUGACUCAGAUAUGGGAAUAAUUACCAAUGAACUGUAUGACCAAGGCCACGAAGUAAGCAAAAUAACCAAUAUACAGAUCAAAAAAAAAUCCGAUCCUAAAAACAAAAACAGCGAGUGGACAUACAUAAGGCUACCAUUAUUCUUUGUAGAUUUAAAACCGCGGGAAAAUAAUCAAGACAUAUACAACAUAAAACUACUAUGUCAUCAGAUAAUAAAAAUAGAACCACCACGUAAAAAACAAGAAGUACCGCAGUAUAAGAACUGCCAAGCUCUCGGAUCGUCACAGAUCGUCUGUAUGCGUAAAAUGUAG